AUAUUAAACACAGCAAAACAAAAGAGGGGGAAAAGACAAAAAGCAUAAUGUACAUGAAACAAAAUCAGAGAACAGUGGAGAAACAAAGUAAAUACCAAAUGAAUCACAGAUAAUCACAAAGCGUAAGGUUUGGACCUUUAGUAAAUCUUAUUAUCGUACGAAAUGUUAUUGAUAUAAGGCAUAUUAUUAAACACACACGCGUGUAAGCCGAGCCGUGUUUGUGGUGGUUACGUGUAGUUUAAGGGGGCAAACACACACACACACAUACAUUCACACACUCACAUAUUUAAAGAAAACGUGUGAAAAGCAACUUUUACAAACCAGCAUUUGAUAUAGAACGAUUUAACGGGAGGGAUAACGAGAACGAGAACGGGAUGAAUGAAGAAUUAAAAUAACUUUAAAACAAUGUUUAAACUAUUGUGUGAAGCUUACUGUAAUUGCUAGUGUGUAUAAUGGAUUAUUUUAAAAAGAAAAAAAUGAAGCUCUGCAUAAAGACAUACAGAGAAAAGGAAGCGAUAAAGACAACAAAUCGACAAAAAGGCGCAAACGAAGGGAAUGGAUGUCAUCAUUCCUAUCAAACACCCACACACAAACACACCUACACUUAAAAUCUACAUUCCACUUUGUACUGCAAUGCAUUAAUUUGUGGAACGAAAAGUUCCCGAACCCCGUCGAGAAGUCUUUUUCCCCGAUUACAUUAAAUCUUUAUUCUAUAGAAGGAUGUUGUUGUGUGUGAUCGCUUGAAUUGUUUUAGAUAACUUUGCUCUGCUGACCGGUGUGUGUGUGUGUGGGUGCGCCUGGAGUUGCAUAAAUGUUUGCGUGCGUGCGUGUGUGCGUGUGUCGGUGUAAAUUAUGUUUGUGUUGGAAACGAAGUGAAAUAAAUUUAGUUGUUUUUGAUUGUUGAUUGAAAACUGGAAACGACUGGGCGACUUUUAUACUUCUUCUCGUUGCCUUACAGCACCAUAUCAAUGUGACAAUCCGAAACAAUCCAUGCACGAGACGGCAUUCUUAUCAGGCGAGCGACGGACGAUGGCGGUAGAAAUGAAAGGUGGACACAAAAAGCCAUGACAUGCUUAAUUGCGCAGGGCUUAUCACUGACAAAUUGGUCAUCAUAUGGGAAUAGAAGCGCAGACAGUUGAUAACUGCCGUAUGAGGCCAGCUCACCACAGGAUAGACUGAAACGGAGACGGUUGAGAACGCAACAGUUAAAUGCUCGGAAGCGCAUCUUCCCGCGCACACAAACAACCGCCGCAACGGCAAAAAAACGUGGCGCCAGUCUGUCUCAACUAUUAUUGAUUAUCGCGCUUCCUCCGCAACCACCCAGCUACGAACGACGUCGAGCAUGCCAAAAAGCUCGUCUCGGGACGCGCAGACACAUUCCAGCAUCCGUGCCAGUAGCAUCAAGUGGUCUGCGUGUGCGGUCGACCCGUCCGGUGCGUGUCCGGUGCGGACAACAGUAAAAAAGAUGACCCCCGGUCAGCUGCUCCGUUGGAGUGUAUCGUUCCUGCUCCUGCACCACCUAUCCCAACACAGUUUCGUCGAAUCGAAGGUACGCAACCGUGUGCAAAAGUGGCAGCAGCGCACUUGGCGUGCCCGGUUCGGGUCGGGCCCACGGCGCGACUGGAAGUCCGCCUUUGAUCCACCGAAAACGAGUCACCGGUCGCGGUAUGGGCUUUCCCCGCGGAUGGAGGACUUCUUCAACCCGGACGGUGUACCGAACGCGUACUCCAACUAUCACUAUCGACGGGUAGGUAGUGGGAAGGGAGGUGGAAAGAGUCAACGGGCCACCAAGCUAUCGUCCGGUCGUCGUGAGGGUGGAAAGUACAGCACAGGAAGUCGAUUGAAACGACAUACUCGCGAGCGGGCGGAACCAUACAUCGAGGAGCUGAAGGAUUAUCUCGAUCCCGUCGAUCUAAUGCUGCUUGGGGAUGAUCCGAACAGUGAAUUCGUUCCACUGCAGCCAGAGUUUGGCCAGCAGUACAACAUUGAUACGGAUGAAAGCUCGCAGGAACACCCGGGCCCUGCCAUUGACGGUGGUGCAUCGAUGCCGUCCGGUGGUGAUAAGAAGCUGAAAGAAUUCAAAAUUGUCUUCCACCAUCGCAAUCUGAAUGGGAGUGGCGUUCGUGCGUGUUCCAGUGUGGGCUUUACUCUGCUUGCUCUCCUGAUAGCCUCACCAAUAGGUGCCAUCGCACGGCUCGAGGGAUGAGCUGCAGAACACAGUCGCCCUGUCUGUUUACUGUCUUUACCGUCCUUAUACGAUCAGUGUAUACCACCACAAAACUACGUCUAGUCAUUGUAGAGCGAACGCUCUUAUCGCCCAAGAAAAGGCCAAACAAAUAAACAUUCAAAUCAACUCAUCGCCACAGCUAGCGAUGCUUCAGUAGCAAUUAAUCGGUCGCACGAUGUGGUACACUCGAGGUGCGGCGGUACGAUUCUCCUGCCCGGUGGUACUGUGCAUGCUGCUGAGCUUCGCUGCCUUUAGCAGCAACGGUGGUAGUGGAGCAGCGGGCGUGUUUUGGAGCAUUGCACAUGCAGCACCGACUUCCGAUUGCGUUGCAGUGGCAAACGGAACGGGUGGAGCUGUUGUGCCGCCGCUGCAACUGACCAGCAAACCGAACGUACCGGAAUUGGAUCCACUGCGUUGGCUCGUUUCGAAAUCGGGCUCAUUUUUCAAGGGCUAGUGUAGUGAAUAAAAGUAUGUGAAUUAAUCUAACCUA